AUGUUCACCGUUUCUCAGACCUCGAGGGCCUGGUUCAUCGAUAAGGCCCGUCAGGCUCGAGAGGAGAGGCUUGUGCAGAAGGAGCGGGAGCGGGCGGCCGUCGGGAUCCAGGCCCGCGUGCGGAGUUUUCUGUGUCGGAGGCGACUGCAGAGGGAAAUCAGGAGAGAGAUCGAUGAGUUUUUUAAAGCCGAUGACUCGGGGUCCAGUAGAAGAAGUGCACUUUGUAUUUUUAAGAUCGCCAGGAAGCUGCUGUUCUUGUUCAGAAUGAAAGAGGAUAACGAGAGAUUUGAGAAAUUGUGUCGCUGCAUCCUGAGCAGCAUGGAUGCUGAGAACGAACCCAAGGUGUGGUAUGUGUCCCUGGCUCUUUCCAAGGAUCUCACCCUCUUAUGGAUCAAACAGAUCAAGGACAUCCUGUGGCAUUGCUGUGAGUUUCUUGAGCGGCUCAAGCCUGAAAUCCUACAAGACUCCAAACUCGUCACACUGUACCUCACGAUGCUCGUCACCUUCACAGACACUUCGACCUGGAAAAUUCUCCGGGGAAAAGGUGAGAGUCUCCGGCCAGCCAUGAACCACAUUUGUGCAAAUAUAAUGGGCCAUCUCAACCAGCAUGGACUGUACUCUGUGCUGCAGAUACUCUUAACCCGUGGCCUGGCCAGGCCCCGGCCUUGUCUGUCCAAAGGCACUCUGACUGCGGCCUUUUCUCUGGCGUUGCGCCCUGUGCUUGCUGCCCAGUUUUCAGACAAUCUGCUUCGGCCAUUCCUCAUCCACAUCAUGUCCGUGCCAGCUCUUGUGACUCAUCUAAGUAUAGUGGCCCCCGAGCGCCUCCCUGUGGUAGAAUCUCAUGACAUGCUUCGUAAGUUCAUCGCCUAUUUGAGAGCUCAAGAUCGAUGCCGUGAUGUCUGCGAGUGUUUAGAAGGCUGCCAUACGCUGUGUCUGAUGGGCAACCUCCUGCACCUGGGCUCCCUGAGCCCCCGCGUGCUGGAGGAGGAGACGGAUGGGUUUGUGAGUUUGCUCACGCAGAUGCUGUGCUACUGUCAGAAGUACGUGACCCAGAAGAAAUCCAACCUGACCCACUGGCACCCCGUCCUUGGCUGGUUCUCCCAGUCGGUGGACUACGGCCUCAACGAGUCAAUGCCCUUGGUCACCAAGCAGCUGCAGUUCCUGUGGGGGGUGCCUCUGAUCCGGAUCUUCUUCAGCGACAUCCUGAGCAAGAAGCUGCUGGAGAACCAGGAGCCGGCGGCCCACGCACAGCCGGCCUCCCCGCAGAACGUGCUGCCCGUGAAGAAUCUCCUGAAGCGUGCCUUUCAGAAGUCGGCGUCGGUGCGGAACAUCCUCAAGCCCGUCGGGGGCAGACGCGUGGACUCGGCGGAGGUGCAGAAGGUUUGCAACAUCUGCGUCCUCUACCAGACCUCGCUGACCACUCUGACCCAGAUCCGGCUGCAGAUCCUCACAGGUCUCACUUACCUGGAUGACCUGCUGCCCAAACUGUGGGCGUUUAUCUGUGAGCUGGGGCCCCACGGAGGGCUAAAGCUCUUCUUGGAAUGCCUCAACAAUGACACUGAAGAGUCCAAGCAGCUCUUGGCCAUGCUGAUGCUGUUCUGUGACUGCUCCCGGCACCUCAUCACGAUCCUUGAUGACAUUGAAGUUUACGAAGAACAAAUUUCAUUCAAACUGGAAGAGCUGGUCACCAUCUCCUCCUUUCUGAAUUCCUUUGUGUUUAAGAUGAUCUGGGAUGGAAUCGUAGAGAACGCCAAGGGCGAGACCCUGGAACUGUUCCAGUCCGUCCACGGGUGGCUGAUGGUGCUGUAUGAGCGGGACUGUCGGCGCCGCUUCGCCCCCGACGACCAUUGGCUGCGAAAGGAUCUCAAACCUAGUGUGCUCUUCCAAGAACUGGACAAGGACAGGAAGAGGGCCCAGCUGGUCCUGCAGUACAUCCCUCACGUCAUUCCUCACAAAAACAGAGUUCUCCUGUUCCGAAACAUGGUCACCAAGGAGAAGGAGAAGCUGGGGCUUGUGGAGACCAGCUCCGCCUCCCCUCACGUCACCCACAUCACCAUCCGACGGUCCCGGAUGUUGGAGGAUGGCUACGAGCAGCUGCGGCAGCUGUCCCAGCACGCCAUGAAGGGCGUGAUCCGCGUGAAGUUUGUCAACGACCUCGGGGUGGACGAGGCAGGGAUUGAUCAAGACGGUGUUUUCAAGGAGUUCUUGGAAGAGAUCAUCAAGAGGGUGUUUGACCCGGCACUCAACCUGUUCAAGACAACCAGUGGGGAUGAGAGGCUCUACCCUUCGCCCACCUCUUACAUCCACGAGAACUACCUGCAACUCUUUGAGUUCGUGGGCAAGAUGCUGGGGAAGGCCGUGUAUGAGGGGAUCGUGGUGGACGUGCCCUUCGCAUCCUUCUUCUUGAGCCAGCUGCUCGGGCACCACCACAGUGUCUUCUACAGCUCCGUGGACGAGCUGCCUUCCCUGGACUCCGAGUUCUACAAAAACCUCACCUCCAUUAAGCGCUACGAUGGGGACAUCUCCGACCUGGGCCUGACGCUGUCGUACGAUGAAGACGUCAUGGGUCAGCUCGUUUGCCAUGAACUGAUUCCCGGAGGGAAGACCAUUCCUGUUACAAAUGAAAAUAAAAUCAGCUACAUCCACCUGAUGGCACACUUCCGAAUGCACACUCAAAUCAAAAACCAGACGGCUGCCCUCAUCAGCGGAUUCCGUUCUAUCAUCAAACCCGAGUGGAUCCGGAUGUUCUCAACCCCCGAGCUCCAGCGCCUCAUCUCCGGUGACAACGCUGAGAUUGACCUGGAGGACUUGAAGAAGCACACAGUGUACUACGGUGGUUUUCAUGGAAGCCACAGGGUCAUUAUCUGGCUCUGGGAUAUUCUGGCCUCCGACUUCACGCCCAACGAGAGAGCCAUGUUUCUGAAGUUUGUGACCAGCUGCUCCAGGCCCCCGCUCCUGGGAUUCGCCUACCUCAAGCCUCCUUUCUCCAUCCGCUGUGUCGAAGUGUCGGAUGACCAGGACACUGGGGACACCCUGGGCAGCGUGCUCCGGGGCUUCUUCACCAUCCGCAAGCGGGAGCCAGGCGGCCGCCUGCCCACCUCCUCCACCUGCUUCAACCUGCUCAAGCUGCCCAACUACAGCAAGAAGAGCGUCCUGCGGGAGAAGCUGCGCUACGCCAUCAGCAUGAACACGGGCUUCGAGCUGUCCUAG